GGUCAUGCGUGUAGCAAAUACAUCAGUCCCAUGGGUGUGUGGAUAGAGCCGGAUUGAGGUUUAAACCGUGGGCAAAACCAAGCCAAAGCUUCCCAGCACGUUGGUCACCGCUCGCGCUCACGGUGGCCCGUCCGCCGUCGCAUCGGUUCCCUCCGGUAGAACAUGCUCAGUCCGCGUGAGUUACCUGGUGCCUGAGUUCCCUCGCUCUCUCUCUCCCUCCCUCGCUCUUUCUGGAGAACAUGGACAGAGUGCGAGAGUAUCUAGGGUCGAGCAGCCAUGAAUUGGAAACUCCGGUUUUUGAACACCGAGCCGGAGAAGAACCGAGUUUCUUCGAGGCCUUCAUCUUGAAGGGCAUCAGAGUGGAGGAGAUCCGACCCGGGUUCUUCUCCUGCUCCUUCCGUGUUCCUUCACGUCUUACGGAUGCUUCGGGAAAUCUAUCGGCAGGAGCCAUCGCUGAUCUUGUUGAUGAGGUGGGAGGUGCCGUUAUCUAUACCCAUGGCCAUCCCAUGAAAGUCUCGGUUGACAUGUCUAUCACAUACCUCUCACAGGCCAAGGCCCAUGAUGAGUUAGAGAUCUCCUCAACUGUGCUAGGACAUAAAGGGGGCUAUUCAGGAACUCGGGUCGAGCUCAGAAACAGGGCUACUGGUGAGCUUGUUGCAGAAGGCCGGCACUCGUUGUUUGGUAAAUUGAAGAGCAAGAUCUGAUCUUCUUCAUUGUACUUGCUUCAUGGUGUCUGUUUUCUCAAGAAAGUUGUUGCUAAAAAGAACUAUAACCUUGUCAUUCUUAUCACACGUCUCGUGAUAGCAGUUGUAAGUGCCAUCUCCAUCUUUGGUGAGGGUAGUGUAGUUUAUUUGUCUAAUAAGUACUUUGAACUCGAUUGUUUUGGUCAGUAUGGUUCCUAUUUAUAUCUCCUGUAAAAAUAAAGUAGGGAGAAACUUUUAAGCUGCCGCA